AUGGCAUUUGCCGCGAUAAACAACGCCCCUUCGGCCGGUGCUCCGAUCGCCGCUAUUGAGGAGGCGUUUGCGACGGACCCAUCCCUCAAGAAACGAGUUUACGAUGCGAUCGGAACUACACCCCAGCAUACACCUCUGUUUGAGGAUCUUGCUCGAUAUACCUCCAGCCUGCUGGCCAGGACUGUGACUGCGGCUGCGACGACAACCACCACCCUUCCGAUCGUACCUCCGCCCAGCGACGCCCCAGCGGCGAAGAAACGCAAGAUACAAAAUGGGGAUUCGGGACCCGCUGUGCAGGCGCCUGUGGAUGUGAAGAGCAAUGAUGCUACUGUGCAAUUCUAUAUUCAGGAUGUCUCCUUUGCCAUCCCUCAGCGCAAAAAGUUCACGCUGGAAGUAACAGCUGGGCAAAGCGUUCUCCGGGCGAGGAACCAAGCUACGAAGGAGAUUGAUUUUGGCGUGCCAAUGGACCGGAUCCGUCACGCCCUUUGUCUCCCUGUGCCGGAGAAGAACCAAAAACAAUUCAACUUUUGUAUCAUUCCCGAGUUCGCCGAUGGCAUUACCCCUCCCCCCGAGGGCACGACCGGCUUCGAAGCGAUGGUGUUCACUGUAGCCGACGGACCGGCCAAGGCUGCUUUUACAGGAACUGGACAACAGGUUGGCAAUGGAACCGGCGAGACCGCGGAGAGCUUCCUGCGAAAGAUCUUAAAUGAUUAUAUGCCCAACACGAAUGUCGUCCGACCUGACGAGCGACAAUUCGCCAGUGCAAUGCCCGAGGCGCACCGCAAGGGCGAGAAAGCAUACCAUAUCAAAGCCUUCCGUGGCAGCAAAGAAGGAUAUCUUUUCCUCCUUUCGACUGGAAUUUUGUUUGCAUUCAAGAAACCCCUUCUCUUCUUCUCAUUCGACACUAUUGAUUCCGUCUCAUAUACUUCUGUUCUGCAACGGACCUUCAAUCUUAAUGUUUUAGCCCGCCCUCGUGGUGGUACCGAGGAGGAUCAAAUGGAAUUGGAAUUUUCCAUGAUCGAUCAGGCUGAUUACGAUGGUAUUGACGAGUAUAUCAAGCGACACGGCCUGCAGGACGCCAGCCUGGCCGAUGCCCGCCGUGCCAAGGUGUACAAUGUGAAUAGCGGCAAGAAGGACCCCAACGCUGCUCCCGAGGUCGGUGUUGAAGACGAGGAGAGUGAGCUCCAAAAGGCUCAGCGAGAGCUUGAAGACCAAGAAGAGGAAGACGAAGAGGACUACGACCCUGGUAGCUCCGGGGAUAGUGAGGGUAGUGGAUCAGAUGGGGAUGAUAGUGACGACGAUGACGAUGACGAUGAUGAGGACGACGAGGAUGAUGAUGUUGGCAUCGAGAAUCUUAUCAAAGACGAGCCUGGUAAUGACGAUGAAGAGCUCCCUGAUGCCGAAUAA